UAUACGGGGGAGAUUCGUCAAGAACCCAUUUUCUAUCUUGAACCUAAUUUGGAAAAUGGUUCGAAAUCAAGAGGAUCUUCCAAGAAGAAACACGAAUCUUAAUUGGAGGACACGAAUCGAGCACUCCCGAUUAGUGUCGCAAGCUUCUUCAAUCCUCUUGCAAAGGCAAUUCAAAUUCUGGGCUCCACUUCUUCGUCGUCUGAGGCUAUCCUCCAAUUUUAACCCUACGCUGUUUAAUCAAAUUCUGACUAAAAUCAAAUCCCACCCAGAAAUCUGUAUCAAUUUCUUCAAUUUUUCCCAGAAGAGUCUUGAUUUCGAGCCAGACCUUACGGCCAAGUGCGAGGUCUCCCGGAUUCUAUUGUCCUCUCGACUGCCUGAACUUGGAAUGCCCGUUUUGAACUCAAUUGUUCAGGAUCAUCCGCCGGAAACAAUCAUGCCGUUAAUGAUUCAAUCUUCCGAGGAGCAGGAGACUCUCUCCCCUGUUUUCAGCUCUGUCGUUGAAUGCUAUUGCAGUAAGAAUUUACAUUUGGAGGGUUUGGAGGUUUAUCGUAUGGCUAAGCGGAAUAAAGUUGAAUUAGGGUUAGGCUGUUGCAAUGCGUUGCUUGAUAUAUUGUGUAAUAAAAAUGAAGUUAGAUCUGCCUGGUGUUGUUUAGCAUCGAUGAUUAGAAGUAACAUUUCUUUGGAUCACUCUACAUGGACUGUGAUCGCGCGACUUUGGUAUAAAGAUGGAGAAUUCGAAAGAAUAUUGAGGAUUUUAGACAUGGGAAUUCAUGCACACGAGGUGUUCGACCUAAUGAUUGAUGGCCAUUGCAGAAGAGGGGAUUUCGAAGCUGCAUUUGUUCAUCUAAACAAGAUGUCCAGCCAUGGAAUCGAUCCGAGUUUCGCUACGUACAGCUCAAUUUUAGAUGGAGCUUCCAAGUAUCAAGCUGGGAAUGUCGUCGAGACCAUAAUCUCUUCAAUGGCGGAGAAAGGACACAUCAUUUCACCCUCAGCUCCGGAAUUCUACGACGCGAUCAUCCAGAAGCUUUGCGUUAUAGGAAAGACAUUCGCCGUUGAACAUUUUUACAAGAGAGCGCGCGAUCUAAAAGUCGAGCUACAACAUGGUACUUACAGAUGUAUAUUAAAGGCGCUACUAUCCGAGGAAGGAAGAAUCUCAGAUGCAAUUACGCUGUAUAACACAGUGCAGGGAAAGAACAUUUCAUUAGAUAUGGAUUCCAUCGACAAAUUUGUAGAUUCUCUCUGCAAAGAGGCGGCGUCGAGAGAAUUUAGCAGACUAUUAGUCGCGAUAAUAAAAGGCGGAUCCAUUUCCAAUCCGAAAGGACUUUCUGCGUACAUCAGCAAGCAGUGCAGCAAACAUCAAUGGAGGGACGCGGAGAAGCUAAUGGAUGUGGCUCUAGAUCGAGGAUUUAUGCUCGAUUCCAUUUCUUGCGGCUGUUUUGUCAAAAGGUAUUGUCGCACCGGGCGAAUAGACAAGGCGAUUGCUCUGCAGAGUAGGUUAGAGGAGCUGCAGUGCGAUUUGGACAUUGGCGCGUAUGAAGUGUUUCUUGCGGCAUUGUUUAGAGGAAAAAGAGGCGACGAAGCGAUGAAGGUGUUCGAGUAUAUGCGCGGUCAGGGCGUGACGAGCAGCGAGAGUUUUUCGAUCAUGAUAAGAGGUCUUUGUGAAGAGAAGGAACUGAGAAUGGCUAUGAAACUACAUGAUGAAAUGGUGCAUUUGGGGCUCAAGCCUGGUUUGAAAGCUUACAAGAGGUUAAUCUCCGGAUUCGGAAACACUUGACUGAUUUCAAAUUUAAAUUUUUAUUUAAAUAAUAAUUUAAGGAUACAAAUAUUACAAUAUUAUUUAUUAUAU